AUGGUCAAUCAACCGGCUGGAAUGGCCACGAAGUAUAGAGAUGGAGGGAACAUAAUCGAAUUUUCCGGAAAAUGGGUCUCAUGGACUCACACUAUUAUUGCAUACUCUGCCUUUCUCAGUGCACUAUUCGUUGGAAUUUUCCUGCACUACGAGAAGAUUGUUCAAAAUGAGUACUACGGCUACCCCGAUGAAUGGUUUCCUUCCGUGUCUGCAACGAUUGGUGAUAGAUAUCCAGAAAGAUCAUUUUUCAUGGUAUUUAUAGCUAUUACUUCAGGUCCUAGAUUCGCUUUAGUCGGUUUAUGGUACCUGCUUACUGCCCGACCCAAUGCUAUGUUGCCAAAAUUUGUGGCGCUUAUGGGCGCAUUCCGAACGCUGACGUGUGGCGGCUGGACAUAUGUUACAUCAACUGAUAAUCAUGGCUGGCAUGAUAUUUUUAUGAUAUCAUACUUAAUAGCAACUAUUCCUUGGACACUCGGUUGUAUAGCCCUGAGCCCUGCAAGCAACGCUCGAGCAAUCAAAUAUCGAAAGUACUUUGCCGGAGCUUUUUUUGGCACCCUCAUACCCAUGGUAUAUUUCUUCAUACAACACAAAGUUCAUAAGGUUGCGGGAGCUUACACCAUCUAUGCAUUCUUCGAAUGGUCUCUUAUUUUGUUCGACGUUGGCUUUGACGCUGUCACUGCUCUAGAUUUCGAAACAUUCUCCCUGAUUGUAAGAGACGACAAGGGGUCUAGUAAGCGAACCAAUGCAGCAGGCUCGACCACUAUUGUGGAAAAAGAAAGCUCAACGAAGACUAGUUCAGCAAUUGGGCAAGGCUUUACCUGGGGAGCUGCAAUUGGAGCACUAGCUGAUGUAUACAAUGGAUUUGUAUUCUGGUCGAUGUUAACCUCUUUGGGACUCCUUAUCUGGUAUUUUCCAUUAUGGCAUAUGGGAAUUUCAGGGUAUGAAGCAAUGGUCAUGUCGACUAUUUCGCCGUUCUUAUUGGGCGUACCUUUAAUACGGUCUCUUGUCGUGAAAAAUAUCCGAUUAUGUCAUUUAUUGUCACUGAGUGGGCUAGCUGCAUAUCGAAUAUCUAAUCCAGUUUACAGACUAUUCACCGUCAGCUUUGCGGUAUGGAUGUCGUGUUUAUCUUGGUCGGCAACCUGGAAUUCAUUAAGCGCUCACCCAAAACAACUCGAAUCAAAGAAACUUUCUUGGGCUAUGGGGCUUAUAGUACACAGUACCAUUAAAUUCGCCUGGAAGACGAGUAAUCCUAUAUGGCCAACAUCACACUCUUCUAAUGGAGGAUGGAAUGGAUUGGGACUAUUUCUUGCUAUCCUAGCUGUAUUCUGUUCCACUCGCUCAUUGCCAGACACGCCCGGAAUAUCAAAUGAAUUUCAAAGAAACAAAAAAAAUUAUCCCGUUUUGGCUGGCUUCGGAAUCGGUGGGAUGUUGUUCGGCAUGCAUUCAUUACUCUCGGACUCUAGCACAAUGAUAUCUUGGGUGUGGGAAGGGUACCCAAUCAGAGGUCCAAUUGCUGCACCACAUGGUGCCUGGACCAUCGCUGCAAUGGGCGUCGGGUUGAUUUUGGGCCUCAAAAAUGAAAGUCUAGCGCGUAGUUGGACUCUAUAUGUGUUUGGAUGUCUAGGUGCUCUAACCUUGACUCUAUACAGUAAUUGGAAAGGUUUCUAUGGUGCCUUAAUUCUUGCUGUCUAUUUGAUGGCAAUUUCAAUCCCAUUCAUCAGCUCAGCGUCUGGGAAAUCACCAGCAACUACCUUUGGGCUUGGAUUUCUUUUGUACAACUUUCUUGUUCUAUUUCACGUUUGGGUUGUAGCAUAUGCAUUCGUCCCAGGUGGACCAUUGGUAAGAGAACAUACCGACUGGAUCAUGGUUACAACAAUGUUAUUUAUUGGCUGUGGUAUUUUCGCUAGUAAGGCAUCAGCGGCCAAACCCCAGCAAAAACGGGGCAGAAACAACGUAAACCGACACAAGAGUUCUGUUCUCCAUCUAUAUAUUCUUGGAAUAAUACAACUUGCAAGCAUUUCAGUCGCAUUUUUACGAUUUCCAACUUUUGACUACGCGCCAUAUCAUAAAGACGAUAAAAUCAUUACUGCCGGUAUCUGGACCAUUCAUUUUUCUCUGGACAAUGAUAUGUGGUCUUCUGAGUAUCGCAUGCGUGACCUAAUCAAAGAGCUCGAAAUAGAUGUCAUUGGCUUACUUGAAAGUGACUUGCAGCGAAUUAUUAUGGGUAACCGGGACACAACUCAAUUCUUAGCCGAAGAUUUAGGGAUGUAUGUGGACUAUGGACCAGGACCUAACAAACACACAUGGGGCUCUGCGUUACUAUCAAAGUUUCCUAUCGUAAACUCGACGCAUCACUUACUACCUUCACCUGUUGGAGAAUUAGCACCCGCAAUUGAGGCAACACUUGACGUGUAUGGCGAGAUGAUUGACGUCUUUGUUUUCCACUCAGGACAGGAAGAAGAUGUUGAAGACAGGAAAUUGCAGAGCGAAUAUCUCUCUAAACUUAUGGGUGCAUCACCACGACCAGCAAUCUUACUUUCAUAUCUUGUCAUCAAACCAUUACAAGGAAAUUACAACAAUUAUGUUUCGGAAAUAAGUGGCAUGCAUGAUAUAGAUCCCUCAGACUGGGAUAGAUGGUGCGAAUAUAUUCUUUACAAGGGACUGAAGAGAACUGCCUACGCACGAGUUAGCAGAAGUACUAUAACUGAUACUGAGCUCCAGGUUGGAAAGUUUCUAGUCGGUGAGGCACCAAGCGACGACCCAGAUGUUCGUAACAGGAGAAUAAGUGAAGACCAAGUGCCUGAGGGCAUGCGCUUCCCGCAGAUGUUCCGAGGCGAGGGAGUAAGAGGACACCGAUAUCAUGUAUUUGACGAACCUCUUUACUAUGCAUAA